AUGGAUUCUGGCAACAUCGUUGACCUCACAGAGGGCAACGACGGCAGCAAGAAGGCCGGCAAGGAAGAUGCAUUUUUGGGGUUGAGAGUUAAGAAAUUCUGCAAUUUCUCCCAUCAUACAUUCAUACUGAGAGAGAGACCAUCGCCGUCGGCCGUCGCGCGGUUCAUCGCCCGCCGUCUCAACUCCUCUCCCUCCCGCCUCCGCCUCCGCCUCCGCCUCGUCCUCUCCCGCUCUCCCCCGUACCACUCGCCCCGACGACGCGCGGUUCCGACGAACCGCCGCCAUCUUCCCCGCCACCGGCCCACGCACGCCGACGCCGAUACCACUCUUCCAUACAGGAUACAGUUUUCCGGUGAACACCAUUCUUGGUUUUUGAGCGGUUGGCCGAAGCUCACGCACGCCGCCCCGCUGAAUUUCCCCGUCUCGUACGACCAACCAGCACCAGCCAGCCCCAUGUCUCGCCUCUACUACUUGACCGCUCCGACGGCCAUCUUCCUCCGGCGCUCCUCCCCCACCUCCACCUCGCCACCCCCACCCUCACUCCGUGCUCUUCAGGUAGCCCUCGCCGCCGCCACGGAGAACCUACGCUCCGGGACGCUCAGCCCUGAAGAUGCACACCACCUGUUCGACGAAUUGCUGCGCCAGGACACUCCAGUCCCCACGCGCGCCCUCAACGGCUUUCUCGCCGCCCUAGCCCGCACGCCAGCCUCUACCGCCGCCUGCAGCGACGGCCUCUCGCUCGCCGUCGCCCUCUUCAACCGCAUGCCCCUGGUGGCGCCGCCCACGGUCUGGACGUACAGCAUCCUGCUCGACUCUUGCUGCCGCGCGCGGCAGCCAGACCUGGCGCUCGCCUUCUUGGGCCGCUUCCUCAGGGCGGGCCUCAAGGCAAACGUCGUCAUUGUCGGCACCCUCCUCAAGGUGCUCUGCCACGCAAAGCGGACUGAUGAGGCUGUGGACGUGCUGCUUCACAGGAUGCCGCAUCUCGGCUGCGUGCCAGAUGCCACCUCGUACAACACGGUUAUCAAGGGUUUAUGUGAUGGUAGCAGGAGCCAGCAUGCACUUGAGCUACUCCGGAUGAUGGCGAAACAAGGAGCUGCCUGCUCCCCUCGCGUGGUGUCAUACAGCACGGUUAUCCAUGGCUUCUUAAAGGAGGGGAAAUUCAGCACAGCAAUCAACCUAUUCCAUGAGAUGGUGCAGCAGGGCCUUGUUCCUGAUGUGGUGUCAUAUAGCUCCAUGAUUCAUGCGUUCUGCAAGCGUGGAAGAUGCAAAGAAGCUAGACAAAUCCUGGAUUGUGGGAUUCUCAAGGGCCUCAAACCAGAUAUCGUUGCAUACACUACCAUGCUUCACGGGUACGCUACAGAAGGAUGCCUCGUUGAUAUGAAUAAUCUCUACAACUUGAUGGUACGAGAAGGUGUUGUACCUAACCAAUAUGUUUUCAACAUAUUGAUCAAUGCGCAUGCCAAGUGUGGAUUGGUGGAUGAGGCCUUUCUUAUCUUUGAAGACAUGCAGAAACAGGGAGUGAAACCAGAUGUCGUAACCUAUUUAGCCAUGAUAGAUGCGUUUUGCAGAAAGGGUAGGAUGAAUGAUGCUAUCCAACAAUUCAACCAGAUGAUUAAUAUGGAGGUACCACCGAAUAUACAGACUUACAGGUGCCUGAUUCAGGGUUAUUGUACACAUGGUGAUUUAGUGAGAGCUAAAGAAUUGGUUCAUGAAAUGAUGGGAAAAGGCUUCCGUUGUCCUGGCGUUGUGUUCUUUAACAUUAUAAUAAACAACCUAUGCAAAGAAGGAAGGGUGACAGAUGCACACGAUAUCUUUGACUUCAUGAUACAUAUAGGUGAGAAGCCUGAUGUUAUCACAUUCACUUCACUGAUUGAUGGAUACUGCUCAGCUGGCAAGAUGCAGAAAGCAUGCAGGGUACAUGAUGAUAUGGUAUUGGUUGGCAUUGAACCUGAUGCAAUUACGUACAAUACACUUAUUGAUGGAUACUUUAAAGCUGGAAUGGUGGAUGCUGCAUUGACUCUAUUCAGAGAAAUGUCAGAUAUGGCAGCUAAACCGGAUACUCUUACUUAUAACAUCAUAAUGGAUGGAUUAUUCAAGGCUGGUAGAACUGUUGCUGCAAAGGAAAAGUUCCAUGAGAUGGUCAAAAAUGGAGUGAGAUUGUCCAUUUAUACAUACAAUAUAAUUCUCAAUGGGCUUUGCAAAAAUGGUUGUGCAGACGAAGCAAUCAUGUUGUUCGAGAAAUUGCGUGCAAUGAACCUUAAGUUUGAUGUUAGAACUCUCAAUGUUAUAAUUAAUGCAAUGUUUAAUGUUGGGAGAAUAGAGCAAGCUAAGAAUUUGUUUGCUGCAAUGCCAGCCAAGGGAUUGGCACCUGAUGUUGUAACCUACACUAUGAUGAUGUCAAACCUUAUAAAAAGGGGGUUGGCAGAAGAAGCUGACAAUAAAGUUACUGAACAAAGGCGAAAUAGUCAGGGCCAUCAGUUAUAUGUCCAGACUUGA